CCAGCACCAACCCACACACGCACCACUCACCUCACCAGCAGCCUCAGACAGAGGCCGGAAACUCAGGAGCAAAGUCUUCGCCUCCUAUUUCGCGAAAAACAAGUCUUCGGUUCUUCGUUCCAACAGCAAAUGGAGAAGGCAGGACACGAGCAUGUGAUCGGCAUCCCGGUGAGCAGCACUGCUAUCGGCAUCGAGGAGCCCGAGUUCACGAGCGGCGAUGCAAAGUAUUCAACGAGCGUGCGUACCGGCGGCAAGUCAGACCGCAGGACCGGGGACAAGUUUGCUCGGGGCGUCAAAGAACAUGUGACUCUCGGCCCAAAGCUGUACGAGACAGUGAGGGGAAAGCUGUCGCUGGGCGCCAGAAUCCUCCAAGCCGGCGGCGUGGAGAAAGUCUUCCGGCGGUGGUUCUCUGUUGAGAAGGGCGAGAAACUCCUGAAGGCCUCGCAGUGCUACCUGUCAACGACCGCCGGCCCGAUCGCCGGGUUGCUCUUCGUAUCGUCGGAGAGGGUGGCCUUCCGCAGCGACCGGUCGCUGGCGCUGACCUCGCCCAAGGGCGACACGGUGCGGGUGCCGUACAAGGUGGCCGUCCCGCUGAGGAGGGUGAAGGCGGCCAUGCCGAGCGAGAACCAGCACCGGCCAGAGCAGAAGUACGUCCAGCUGGUGACCGACGACGGCUUCGAGUUCUGGUUCAUGGGCUUCGUCAGCUACAAGGCAUCCCUGCAGCACCUCGAGCAGGUCAUCGGCGCGGCGGGGGGUGGGAUGAAGGUGCCGUUGUCGCAGGGGGCGGGCAGCGGGAGCGGGCGGCGCCUCCAGCCUACCGCGGCGUGAAAGCUACGCGAGCGCACGGCGAUGGGAAAAAUCCACGGCGUUGCCGAUCACUGUCUGAUUUACAACACGAGCAGCAUGCGUGAUUUGGGAGACCUCGUCGGCCUCGGCGACUAGGCGAAGCGCAACAUCGCCGCCGGGAGCUCAGCAAGGUGUGAGGACGGGCGCUCGGCCGAGUCAACGCCGCACGAGGCCGAGGUUGUCAAGCUGAGGCUGGAUGGGAACGACGAACCGCGCGAGCAUGGGCAUGGCCGUGAAGACGCCCCGAGCAUGGGCACGAGCCUUGCAGCGGGGGCCCUCUAAUGGCGUAUCAAUGGGCGUCAUGGGCCGCGGAGUGUACCAGUAGCAAGCUGUGGCGGAGGCGCGGGUGAGAGUGAUGAUAAUGCUCAAGGAAAUGGAACACUGAAGGGUGUGUUUGGUUCCGUUGAUGAGGGGUGAUGUUUGGUUGGGGAUAUCGAAUUAAAUGGUUUGUUUUUUUGAAUUUCAAA